UUGUUGUGCGUCGGCAUGGAGAGAGGAGCGCAGAGAGACCCGCCUGCGCCCCGCGUCCCAAAACCUGUGAUGACAGCUCAUUCUGCCCAGACGAAGCCACCGGGACCACCGGGACACACUCACGCUGUCAAUGCGCUUUCUGGGGGGCCUCGAGGCAAUGUAAAAAAAAGGUCUUUAUUUCCGGGAACAAUUGACGCUUCGGGAGGUGUGAGCUGCUGCGAAGAAAGUUGAGUCGCGGAGGGGGGGAGAAGAAAAAAAAAGCGCCUCCGCCGACACAUCGUCGGGCUGAAGAAGUUGGAUUUCAUUUUUCCCUCAGGACUCUUUGUAGGUAAUGAGUGAUGGAAGCAGGAUCGGUGGUGCGUGCCGUUUUUGAGUUUCUGCCCAGCGUUUCCGAGGAGCUGCCACUCUUCACCGGCGAUGUCAUCGAGGUGCUCAGUGUCGUGGACGAGUUUUGGUUGCUCGGCAACAAAGAUGGCAUCACAGGUCAGUUUCCCAGCACCUUUGUGGAGGAGGUUACUAUCCCCAGCAUCAAGCCUGGAGAGAGACUCUUUGUGUGCACCAAUGAUUUCAGCUCAGCAGAGCCGGGCGACUUGUCCCUGAAGAGAGGCGAUGUGAUCGUUGGCGAGGCUGGAGGGUCCGCGGACCUCGGGGAAUCCUGGCAGCGAGGUUGCAAUGCCUGGGGCGUGCGAGGUCUCUUCCCCACGUCAUGUGUUGCGGAGCUGACCCUCUCGGGGCGCUCCCGGCAGCUGUCCGAGCGCUCGGCUCUGGCCCAGGCCUCGGAGCUCCCCCCGUACGCCCUGGGCCAGGCCCGGGCCCUCAUGAGCCUCCACGCGCAGCUCAAUGAGGAGCUGGACUUCCGUGAAGGGGACUUGAUCAUCAUCACCGGCCGGCCCGAGCCGGGCUGGUUUCAAGGGGAGCUGGAUGGCCGCAGGGGCAUCUUCCCAGAGGGCUUUGUGGAGCUCCAUGGAUCCCUCCGAUCUCCUCAGGGGCCUCUGGACUGCCCGUAUUUGACCAAUGACACUGAAAAAUGUAACUUUGAGGACCCUUACGAGGCAGAAGAGGGGACAGAGGAGGACGGUGUGGAAGCAGUUGAGGAUAACAGGAGAGACGAAGAAGAACAGAAGGAGGCAGUAGUAGAAGAAGAGGACGAGGAGGGUGGUGUCUAUGUACUGGCUCUUUAUGAGUUUCGAGCCAUUGAACCAGGCGAGUUGGACUUUGACACGGGGGAUCGCAUACGUCUUUUAAGCACUUUGGAGGACGGAUGGCUGGAGGGAGAGCUGCGAGGGCAACGGGGUAUCUUUCCUCAUCGUUUUGUCAAAAUAGAGGACGACGGGCAGAAAGCUGCUGAAGAAACAGAUGUCGUUGAACCAGGAGAAGACAAGGAGAACAGCGGCAGUUCUGAACACAGCUCAGGUCGUUCAUGUCCCAACGGGUCCCAGAACGAUCCUAAAUGGAAGACACACGAGGAUCAUACAGUGUGGGACCUGGACUACUUUGAGCGGACAGAGGCGCAGAGGUGGCAUAGUGAAAACAAAAGAACCGCAGCUCAAAUUGAGGCAGGCGACAGGCCUGACCCUCAGCCACGUAGGCUCGUCGCACCCGCACAGAAAGGGCCCGAGAGACCCAAAUCCACCCCUCCCGCCAGGCCCAAACUCCCCUCUCGGCCAAACCCUCCUGUGGGUCCCCACAGGCACCAUGACUCUUCAUCCGGCACGAAUCUCUCGAGCCAUACAAACGGUGACGCGCGACCCUCGCAGCCCAAAUCCACUCACGGCCUCGCCCUCGCCGUCGCCGGCUCUCAGUCCGGUCGGUCCGCAAGCAUGAGACACCACCAGAGGCCCCGAAAGGAUGAUGCCACUGCCAGUAACAGGGGCGGCGGUCUCGGCCAGGUGUUGCUGAACCUUGCGGAGGGACAUAGGCAGAAGAAACUAACUCGCCACGCCAGCGCCGGUGAUGCUGAUCAGAUGAUGGGCGGACGCUCCCGGCAGGCGUCCAGUGGCUCCAACGGCCGGAUGCCAACGUCCGUCACUUUAGCCGCCCUGGCAGCCUCAGCGGGCGACCUGGAGACCAAGCUGUCCCAGCAGCUCUUUGAGUUUGAGCAAAGCUUGACCUCCUCAUCAGGUGACGCUCCCGGGGACGUGUCUUCCGUUGGCGACCGGCGCGAGCGUGCCCGCUUGCCGCGCCGCUUCGCUAUCGUGGACUACGGCGACGAAAGCGACGUCAUGCGGGGCUCCUCGCGCUCGCCGGCGUCCCAGCUGCUGCAGUCGAACUCCGCCUCGUCCUCGCUAGAGCGGCGCAGGACCCUCCGUCCUCCCCCGCCACGCCCGAGGGUGCUCCGCGCCCCCGGCCCGCCUGCGUACAGACUAGCCCGCCCUGCUCCGCGGGCCCCCCCUCGCUUGCCGAGACAAAACGCCGCUCCGCCGACCGUCGUCCGCACCCGCGACGAGCCGGCUCUCGACCUCCUCAACCAAGAAGGGAGGGCCGAGUUUGGCGACCUCGCGGCCGCCCAGGAGCACGAAAUCCAGCGUCAGCUGCAGGCCGAGAAAGAGCUCGAGAGAGAGAUGGAGUUGGAGGGUCAGAGACGGGGGGACGAGGAGGAGAGGUACCGGCUGCUGCUGCGGCUGCAAGAGGUGGAGCACGACAUGGAGGCCUACGCGCACACAGCGGAGGAGCUCCGGAACAUGUUGGAGGAGGAGGAGGAGGAAGAGGAGCAGGACGAGACAGCCCGCUUGCAAGCCAUGGAGAAUUUGGAGUUCUGCAACUACACGCUGGAGACGCUGGCCCUGGAGCAGCAGCAACUACAAGAGAUGACGCUGCUGUCGUCCCAGCCCAAACCGCUCGACCCGACCCCGGGCUCGGACUCGGCCCCCGCUGCCGACGCAGGCACCGAGGAUCCCGAGCUGAGGAUGUUGGAGAAGAGGUCAAAGGUCAUCGAGGAGCUGCUGCAGACCGAGAAGGACUACAUCAAAGACCUGCAGAUGUGUGUCGAGGAGAUCGUCGAGCCGCUGCAGAAGAAGCAGGUAAAGAAUGUGGACUUUGAUGGGCUCUUUGGGAACCUCAGCUCAGUGAUCGACUUGUCACAACGCCUCUUGGAGACGCUGCAGGACACAGACUCUAUCGGAAAUAUAUUUCUGGACUUCAAAUCUGAGCUGGAAGAGGUGUACAAGACCUACUGCCAGAACCACGACGAUGCCAUCUCUCUGCUCGAGAGUUACGAGAAGGACAAGAACAUCCAGUGCCACGUGUUGGAGUGUCUGGAGAGACUGAGGGCCAUUUAUCGCGAGUGGGGGAAAACAAAUUACAUCAACCUCGGCUCUUUCUUAAUCAAGCCGGUGCAGCGGGUGAUGCGUUACCCGCUGCUGCUGAUGGAGCUGCUGGGGGCGACGCCGCAGAGCCACCACGACCGGCCCCAGCUGACCAAAGCUCUGCUGGCCAUCAAGGAGAUCAACGUAAACAUCAACGAGUUCAAGCGCAGGAAGGACCUCGUGGUGAAGUACAGGAAAAGCGACGAGGACACGUUUAUCGACAAGAUCUCCAAGCUGAGCAUGCACUCUAUCAUCAAAAAAUCCAACCGCGUCAGCAGCCACCUCAAACACCUCACCGGGAUCUCCCCCCAGAUCAAAGAUGAAGCGUUUGAUGAGGCUGAGAAGAAGUUCCGGCUGCAGGAGAGACUCAUCAAGUCUUUUAUCAGGGACAUAUCCCUGUACCUGCAACAUAUAAGGGAAUCAGCGUCCGUGAAGGUCUUGGCGGCCAUCAGCUUCUGUGACAUCUACGCGGAGCGGAGCGUCCCCGUCCCCGAGCGCUUCCAGAGAGCCCACCGCUCCAUCAGCGACCAACAGUUCGCACAAUUUAAGGAGCGCACAGAGGUCUUGGUCAUCGACCCGCUCAACCAGCUCCUCCUCAUGUUCGCCGGGCCGCACAAGCUCAUUCAAAAGCGCUUCGACAAGCUGCUGGACUACGACAACUGCAAGGAGCGCGCCGACCGACUCAAGGACCGCCGCGUGCAGGACGAGCUGCAGGCGGCGCGCAACAACUACGAGGCGCUCAACGCGCAACUCCUGGACGAGCUGCCCAAGUUCCACGGCGCCGCAGAGGACCUGUUCACCGGCUGCGUGAGGGCUUUCGCUCAAUCCCAGAAGGACUUCAUGAAAAGGACCCUGGGGGAGCUGACGCCCCUCGUGAAGGCCUUUUCCAACAAAGCCGGCACGGAGGGCAACCUGAUCUCCAAGUUCCAAGAGGAGUACGGUCGAGUUCUCCAACUUCUGCAGAGCUUCAGCUUCUGCCCGGAGAACCUCCCUCCGGCCACCUCUACGAAAAAGACCUCUGAGAGGAAGACUCUCGAGAGGCCGACCUCCAGGAAGCUGCAGGGACCUCCCAACCACAUCAUGCAGACGGAUGAGCACCGCGCAGGACUUCUGGUACUCUACAGUCCUGAGAAACUUUUCCAGGCUGAGAGAAACUUCAAUGCAGCGCAGGAUCUGGACAUGUCCGUACUAGAAGGAGACCUCGUGGGGGUCAUCAAGCAGCAGGACCCCAUGGGUAGCCACAACCGCUGGCUGAUUGAUAAUGGAGCCCGACAGGGUUUUGUGUACAGCUCCUUCCUCAAACCCUACAACCCGCGUAGGAGCCAAUCGGACGUCUCCAUCGGGAGCCAUUCGUCUAACGAGUCGGGCUACGGCGGCUCCUCGCCCGUUUUCUCCCGCCAGAACAGCAACAGCACGCUGACUUUUAACCAGGACACGGCCACCGUCAGCUUUUCCACCUCGCAGCCCCAGACGCACCCAUCGCCGCAGCCUUCGCUGGACUCCGCCUCCUCGCGCAGGAGCCACCUCAGAGACGCGGCCAACCUCGACUCUGCCAGUCAGAGCAACUCCAUCGACUCCUCCCCGAGAAAUCCCUCAAACCGCAAGGACUACUCGACCCAAACGCACCGGAUCCCCUCCGGGCAGAGAGACGCCGAGCCGCCUCACCGGCAUCCGGCCAAUCACGGGGACGCGUCCGAUGGGAGUCACCCGGUUGCGAGGGGCCGCAAGGAGACGUCGGACCUCUCGGAGACGGACUCGUGCUCUUCGCUCGGAAACAACAGCGCCCAGAAGUACGGGCACACGGACAGAACGCACGCUUCGAACCAGUGGAGGAACGGAGAUGGAAGCGCCCAGAAGAAAGCUUCUUACCACAGAGACGAGUACAGCGAGCCGGAGCCGGAACCAGAACCAGAAGAAGAGAGUGAAUUAGAUAGUCAUCAGUUUUUCUACGCGCUCUACUCCUUCGACGCCCGGUGCGCCAAUGAGCUGAGCAUCUCGGCCAACCAGCGGCUGCGGAUACUGGAGUUCAAGGACAUGAACGGCAACAGCGAAUGGUGGCUGGGCGAGGCGGGAGGCCGGCGGGGCUACGUGCCCUCCAACUACAUCCGCAAAUCCGAAUACACAUGAGCGAGGCUUCUUCAGCCCGAGACUCCGCUUGGACUUGAAGAAGUCUCGCUCUGCGAGCCGAGAGAGCAGAGAGACAAACGAGCAUCCGUGAUUCAUUUUUGAUCGGUGGUCAUGGAGUUUGAUGAGAAGGAUGGACUAUUGCUGCUGACUCUCCUCCUAAAAGUUAGCAAUAUAUGCCUAUAUUUAUAGUAUUUUUAUAUUGUUUUUACUUUCUGGAAACUGCACCCUAUUCCCUCCUGUUUCCAGGGGAAAACCUGUGAAUUUCAUCAGAUUGUUUGCCAUAUUCUCUGGUGCUGUAGACAGCGAAUUGUAUGUUUUACAGAACAAUUACUGCAUUGGGGGAUUACAAUGGAAAAUGUGAAUGCUUUGGUUUCAGACUUAUUCUCAAUAGACAGACUGAGCUUAACAGUGUGUUAAGGACUGUUUUUUUUGUGGUUCAUAACACCAAUAGAAUGAUGGAUGGUUUGUACCAUACAUUUCAACAAAUAUGAUUCGAAGCACUGAUUAUCCAGGGGUUGCACGUUUUGAAGUGUCUGUAUUGAAUUGAAUAUAGACUGUAUAAUCAAAUGCUAGGCCAGAGUUGGACUAUGAUGAAUGCAUUACUGGCACUCCAAUUGUCAAUAACCUGAAUCUAUAUUUUACCCGGUUGGCACUGUGCAAACGGGUGAUGAGCAAGUUUAUCUGUAAGAGGAGCGUAACAAACUGGGAGGUACUCUGAUCUGAUCUCAGACCUCCACAUUCUCUUUAUGUACAUUAUAUAUAUAUAUAGUGAUGUUUAUAGAAAAUAUGCUUUUGCACCCACUGUAAAGUGAUCACUGAAUAAAAAACAGCUCAGCUGACGAAUCAAAA